AUGCAGCUGAGAAAAAUGCAGAACAUAAAAAAGGAGCAAGCAUCACCUGAAACUAGUAGCAAUGUAGACAAGAUGAUCGUACUUAGUUCUGCUUUAACUGAAGUGUCUGAAGAUUUGACAACAGGGGAAGACCUUUUACUAAAUGAAGGAAGUAUGGGGAAAAACAAAUCUUCAGCAUGCCGGAGAAAGCGAGAGUUCAUUCCUGAUGAAAAGAAAGAUGCCAUGUAUUGGGAAAAAAGGAGGAAAAAUAAUGAGGCUGCCAAGAGAUCUCGUGAGAAACGUCGAUUGAAUGACCUGGUUUUAGAGAACAAACUAAUUGCACUGGGAGAAGAAAAUGCUACUUUAAAAGCUGAAUUGCUUUCAUUAAAAUUAAAAUUUGGUUUAAUUAGCUCCACAGCAUAUGCUCAAGAGAUUCAGAAACUCAGUAAUUCUGCAGCUAUGUACUUUCAAGACUAUCCAGCUUCCAAAUCUAAUGUUAGCUCAUUUGUGGAUGAACAUGAACCCUCAAUAGUGUCAAGUAGCUGUAUUUCUGUCAUUAAGCACUCUCCACAGAGCUCUCUGUCUGAUGUUUCUGAGGUUUCUUCAGUAGAGCACAUUCAGGAGAGUCCUGUUCAGAAUAGCUGCAGAAGUCCUGAAAACAAAUUUCAAAUCAUAAAACAAGAACCACUGGAAUUAGAGAACUAUACAAGAGAGCCGAGAGAUUAUAGAGGCUCCUACACAACAUCCAUCUAUCAAAAUUAUAUGGGAAGUUCCUUUUCUGGUUAUUCACACUCUCCACCUCUGUUGCAAGUCAGUUGCUCCUCUAGUAACUCUCCAAGAACAUCAGAAGCAGAUGAUGGUGUGGUAGGAAAAUCAUCUGAUGGAGAAGACGAACAGCAGGUUCCCAAGGGCCCAAUCCACUCUCCUGUUGAACUUAAACAUGGACAUGCAACAAUGGUUAAAGUUCCAGAAGUGAAUUCUUCUGCUUUGCCACACAAACUUCGGAUUAAAGCCAAAGCCAUGCAAAUAAAAGUAGAAGCAUUAGAUAAUGAAUUUGAGGCCACACAAAAAUUGUCUUCACCUAUUGACAUGACUUCAAAAAGACAUUUUGAGCUUGAGAAACAUAAUGCCCCAAAUAUAGUACGUUCUGCUCUUUCUCCUUUCUCAGUGCAAAUGACUAACUUCCAAGAUUGGUCUCUUAAAUCAGAACACUGGCAUCAAAAAGAACAUAGUGGCAAGCCCCAGAAUAGUUUUAAAUCAGGACUGGUUGAUAUUAAAGACAGUGUCUAUAAAGUUUCUGAUCCAGGGAAUUUGUAUUUGAAGCAGGGGAUAGCAAACUUAUCUGAAGAAGUUGCCUCACUUAAGAGACUUAUAACUACUCAGCAGAUCUCUGCUUCAGACUCUGUGUAAACCAUUGCUGAAUGAUAUCUGGCUGCUUUCAAA